UUUCAAAAUGAAAUAUUAAUUUUUGAAACAAUUAAUGGACGAAAUGACAAGAACACCUUUCAGCAGAGUCAGAGCUAACCUUGCUGGCAACUACAAAGCAAGUUGUACUGACCAGAAGCAAUUCAGGUUGAGUGACAACCGCCAGAUUGUUCUAGAAAGCAAAGCUUCUGCUUUAGGCUUCAAGGAAAAUUCUGACAAAAACUUGAAUUGAGCUCCUCGUAGAUCAGUAUUUUCUUAUGGUAUCCAAACGCAAAGUGGGUCCCGGAUCAGACCCUUGAGAUGUAAUGCCCAGCAAGGGCGUGGAAAGAAGAUAGGCAUUCUUAAGAAGCAGAAAGCCUACAGAAACUUAUUCGUACUCCUAGAGCCAGCUAGCAAUCAGCAAGCUUCCUAG